CGUCUUGUUAUCAUUGUUCUAGAUGCUCUGAGGUUUGAUUUUGUCGCUCCCAGCACAUUUUUCGCAGAGAAAAAGCCAUGGAUGGAUAAGUUACAAGUGAUGCAUGACCUUGCUGCUCGGAAUCAAUCAUCGACAAGAAUUUUCAAAGCUAUAGCUGACCCCCCUACCACCAGCCUGCAGCGUCUAAAGGGCUUGACUACUGGUGGACUUCCCACAUUUAUUGAUGUGGGGAACAGUUUCGGUGCUCCGGCAAUUCUUGAAGAUAACUUGAUACACCAGUUAGUUCAAAGUGGGAAGCGGGUGCUGAUGAUGGGGGAUGAUACAUGGGUGCAAUUAUUUCCAGAUCAUUUUGCCACAUCUUAUCCAUUUCCAUCUUUUAAUGUCAAAGACCUUGAUACGGUUGACAAUGGGUGCAUUGCGAAUUUAUUCCCUGCCCUGGACAAAGGAGAUUGGGAUGUGCUAAUAGCACAUUUUCUCGGUGUGGAUCAUGCUGGGCAUAUAUUUGGUGUUGACUCUACCCCGAUGAUAGAAAAAUUGGAGCAAUACAAUGAAGUUAUAGAGAAAGUUGUAGGAGCACUGGAGAGGCAAAGCGGACCUGGUGGUUUGCAUGAAAAUACAAUGCUUCUUGUCAUGGGAGAUCAUGGGCAGACACUCAAUGGCGACCAUGGGGGAGGCACUGCUGAGGAGGUUGAAACAGCAAUUUUUGCAUUAACUUCGAAGAAUCCUAAUACACUACUUGCUGCAGCUGAAAGUUCUUCUUGCCAAUUGGAUGUGCACGGAAGGCAAGUUUGCACUAGCUCAAUUCAACAGCUAGAUUUUGCUGCAACUGUCUCUGCUCUGCUUGGUCUUCCAUAUCCUUUUGGAAGUAUUGGGAAAGUUAACUCUGAACUCUAUUCCUUGGCUGGUGGUACAUGGAACCAAGAAGAGUCUAUUACUGGUGAUGAUGGAAAUCCAUCAGAAGUUCAAAGUUGGAUGCUGAACUAUGUGAAUGCCCUUUGUAUUAAUUCCUGGCAGGUGAAGAAAUAUAUUGAUGUCUACUCAUCUUUGUCAUUAAUUGGAUUUUCGGAUAAAGACUUGCUGCAUGUAUCGGAGUUGUAUUCAAGGGCUCAGGAGCUUUGGUCAAUCACUUCAAGAAAUAUAUCAGGGGCUUUUGUGUCACUGCCUAUAGUCAGAAGGCAACUUGAUGCAUAUUCUAUGUUUCUGGAAAGUGUUGCUGCACUGGCUCGAUCAAACUGGACUGAGUUUAAUUUGAAGAUUAUGGGAAUAGGCUUUUGCAUGAUGUUAAGUUCACUUUAUCUGAAUGUGUUUCUCAUCAGGAGGCUGGACAAAUUAUGUGGGCUCCAGUCUUUUUUCUCUGGCUAUUUAAAGAAUAUUUUGGGGGUGAAUCUUGCUUGUAUUGUAAUUCUGAUACGUGCAUGGAGUUUCCUUUCUAACAGUUUUAUUCUUGAAGAAGGGCGAGUGGCAAGUUUUCUCUUGGCAACAACUGCGAUACUUCAACUACGCCAUGCUAUAAUGAAGAAGAUGAUGCUACUUGAAGCACUUGUGCUUUGUCUUUUGGUUCCUUUUCUCAGAAUCAGUAUUGAAUUAGGCCAGUUGAAGCAGGCGGUGAACUCAUUGUUCUUGAAGGUUGAUUCGUCAAACAUGAUGGGAAUUGUCAAUGAUUCUGAGCUCUGGAUGUAUGUUGCUGAAGUUCUUCCAGAGUUAGCGCUUCUUAUCGUUGCAUAUCUACUGUACAAGAGCAUCACUUCUUGUUCUUCUCAGGGCAUUUCGAAGUAUGUUAUUGCAGGAACUCUAUUUAACUAUAUGCUCAUACUCUUAAACUGGGUCUCAGAGAGUAGUUUACUCAGUCCAAACCUUUCACUUUGGCUAUUAAAAGGAAACCUAAUUCCUCAAGUGAUUUAUGUUUCUGGACUUCUACAACUCUCAUUAUUGGUCAUAGGUCAACUGAUUGAUAGGGGGAGAACCUCAAACUUGGAAGAAAGUACAGUUGUUAAAGCAUUGGCCUUGAUAUCUGCAUGUAGUUCAACCACAAUUUUGUUGUCUGGAAAACAGGGCCCACUUGCAUUAUUGGCUUUGCUGAUUGGAGGUUGGUGCCUAAAAAGACUAAUGGCAUUGGAACAGAACACCGAAAAUGAAUCUUCUGGGUCUUCACUCUUUUAUACCCUUCCAGUAACCCAAUGGAGCCUUCUGGCUGUGUGCAUGUUUUUCAGUACUGGUCAUUGGUGUGCUUUUGACGGCCUCAGAUAUGCGGCUGCAUUUAUUGGAUUUGAUGAAUUCAACCUUAUUCGGCAAGCAAUCCUUCUCACAAUCGACACAUUUGGGUUUUCACACAUUCUUCCUAUAUUGGGACUUCCACUCGUUGCACGCGGUUAUUUGCUGAAGCAGAGCAAACAAGUAUACUCUAUUAGAAUAUGCCAAGUGUAUUUGAUGUAUGGACUCAUCACAGCCAUAGCAACCACAUUCACAAUGCUAUGCGUCACAAUACAAAGGCGGCAUCUCAUGGUCUGGGGAUUAUUUGCUCCAAAAUUUGUGUUUGAUGUGGUUGGCCUUCUUCUUGGAGACUUGCUGAUAUUUUUGUCAGCUCUGUAUUAUACUUCAUGAAUACCUUCUGCGAAAACCGUUACCCUUUUCCAGUUUUCCCCAUUCUUGGAGAUCUGCAAGGGUUACCUCCACACCUACUGGGUUGAAGGGGAUGAUUUCAAAACAUUUGAUGACUACACUUUAACACCGGAAUCUUUCUCAAUGAGCUGAUUUAUCUGUCAACUUUUUGCAGUUUAGGGUUGUAGGUUGAUGGACUGAAUGUAUACAUAGUGAUGUAUAUCGUUUUACUUUAGAGCAUCAGAGCAAAUUUGUUCAGAAACUUUGUAACCUUUUGACGUAGAUUGAUAGUUGCAGAUUAUUUUCUGAAAACGUCACUCUUUUUUUACUGUGAUUGAACCUUUUAGAUCCACAUGGACUUGGUUCUAAUGAAUUGGAAAGCUGCAAUUUAAAAUUAGUUUA